AUGUAUUCCAGUGAUGAGGAUUACCAGCGUGGUAAGAAAGACGCCGAGCAACACCGUCGUCGCACAGAGGAAAAUUGGAUUCGUCCCACACUUGGGCCGUUACUUUGGUUUGGUUUGCCGCUGGCGAUUUCAUGGGUUUAUAUGCGCCGCUUCACAUUUCCCGGAUCAUCCGCCACCCCGAAGUGGGGGAAUACAUUUGCGGACCUUAUGGAGCAUAUGAUGCCCAUUAAAAAGCGCCAAUUUCGUGUUGACGUCAAGGGAACCCAGUUUAAGGAUGUCAUUGGUAUCCCAGAGGCGAAGGAGGAGGUGCAACAGUACGUAAACUUCCUCACGAAUCCAAACCGCUUUACGCGACUGGGUGCCCGUUUGCCUAAGGGUUGCCUGCUUACAGGGGAACCUGGAACCGGUAAGACAUUGCUUGCAAAAGCUGUGGCAAACGAGGCCAACGUCCCUUUCUUCAGCUGCAAUGGUGCUGAUUUUAUUGAGCUCGUCGGUGGUAGUGGUCCUAAGCGGGUUCGGGAGCUCUUUGCUGAGGCUCGUGAGGCCGCUCCGUCGAUUAUAUUCAUCGAUGAACUCGACGCGAUCGGUUCCCGCGGCGGUAAGGCGGGUGGCAGCGUUAGUAGCGAAGAGAAUCGGACCAUCAAUCAGUUGCUUGCCGAGUUGGAUGGCCUCAGCACAAGUUCGGACCCCAUCAUCGUGCUUGCCGCGACCAACUUUCAAGAUAAUAUCGACAAGGCCCUCCUGCGUGAGGGACGUUUCGAUCGAAAAAUAGCGAUCGAAAUGCCGGACCUGUCCGCACGUAAGGAAAUCUUUGCCCAUUAUCUGAAUCGCAUUUGUACUGGGGAUCCCAAGGGCCGCGUCAAGGAUGAGGAAGGUAAUCCUCUCCCCGUAAAGGAGUGUAUCAGCAAUGUGGCGCUGGCGGACCAGCUGGCGCACCUCACCCCCGGGAUUUCCCCGGCGUCCAUCGCGACCAUCUUGAAUGAGGCUGCGCUUCAAAGUGGGAUCCAGGGGAAACCCCUGGUGGAGCUUCCCGAUAUGCUCGAAGCGCUCGACAACAUUCUUUUAGGCCGAAAGCACCGUAAUCGGCAAAGCGCCAACUCGACACACCGAACAGCCGUGCACGAAGCCGGGCACGCUCUCACCGCGUGGAUGCUACCGUCGGUGCAGAACGUGCUAAAAGUCAGUAUCACACCGCGUGGGCAUGCCAUGGGCUACACCCAGCGCGCUGGCACUGAGUUUCACGAGUACCAAACCAACGUUACCCUUUUCGCGGAGAUGGUCGUGAUGCUGGGCGGGCGGGCGGCGGAGGAGGUGCUCUUGGGCGAACCUUCCGCGGGCGCCAUGGAUGACCUGCAGCGCGCGACGGACAUGGCGCUGAAGGAAUUCCUCGCCUUUGGUAUGAGCUCACGCGUGGGGUUGCUGGCUUACCAUCCCGAGUACACCCAGGCGGGACGUGAUUUCACGGUCUACUCCAACAAAACCCAACAUCUCGCGGAGAUGCAGGCCAAGAAACUGGUAGGGGCCGCCCACGAGUUCGCCACGACGCUGGUCAAAACGAACAAAGACAUGCUGAACGCUCUGGUGGAUAAAUUAUUAGACAAGAAGGAGUUGACAAUGGUGGAUAUCGAGCUAUUGUGGGGGCCGCGGCCACAGGAGCCGACAGUUGAGGAGCUUGAUCGCAAGGUAAUGGCAAUCAGUAAUAGCUGA